AUGGAGGCUGUUAUUCGAGAAGCCCCGAUAGGGCAAUUGAUCAGAUUCUUAUCCAACAACAAAUACUUUCAAUACCCAGAGGAAAAGCCCGACUUCAAGCUCCCCGAGACAUGGAUUCAAAUGAUGCAGAGCCUUGAAGCUUCCAACAAACAGGCUGGAAAUCCCGAGUCCAAAGAGGAAAGACAAAAUUCAGACCAAAGCGACGUUAUCAGCCACACUUCGACUUUGCAAGAGGACCGCGAAACAAACUUGAAUGCUGCAGAUCUCGAAAAAGUCAAGUCUAUCCCGAUUACCCCGAAGAAGACAAAGGAUGGUGCGAUUCUGGUGGAUUGGUACUAUACCGAUGACGCCGAAAAUCCCCAUAAUUGGUCCAAUAUGAAGCGCGCAUUGCUCGCGACCAUCAUCUGCCUUUAUACAUUUGUUGUAUAUACAACAUCGGCAAUUUACACGGCCUCGGAACAAGGAAUCAUGAAGGAGUUUGGUGUCAGUGAGGUGGUUGUAACAUUGGGUCUCUCACUAUAUGUGCUUGGAUAUGGCACUGGUCCUCUAAUAUUCUCCCCGUUGAGUGAGAUCCCUAUAAUUGGACGAAACCCAGUCUAUAUUGUUACCAUGUUCCUUUUUGUCAUCAUCUCUAUCCCAACAGCCCUGGUCGGCAACUUUCCGGGUCUGAUGGUGCUGCGUUUCCUUCAAGGAUUCUUUGGCUCGCCUUGCCUUGCAUCGGGAGGUGCCUCGAUUGGUGAUAUGUACAGUCUUAAUGCUUUGCCAUAUGCUAUGAUGGCAUGGGUCGCUGCUGCAUACUGUGGCCCUGCCCUUGGUCCCCUUCUCAGCGGGUUUGCAGUUCCUGCUGAGUCUUGGCGUUGGUCUCUCUUUGAGUCAAUCUGGGCCUCAGCCCCGGUCUUCAUCAUCAUGCUCAUUUUUCUCCCCGAGACCAGCACUCCGACUAUCCUCCUUCGACGCGCUCAGCGCCUUCGAAAAAUUCACAAUAACGCGCGCUUCAUGUCUCAAUCUGAGAUCGACCAGCGAAACAUGCAUGUCUCUGAUGUCGUUGUGGAUGCACUCAUCAAGCCCAUGGAGAUUACAAUCAAAGACCCCGCUGUCCUUUUUGUUCAGAUCUACACCGCGAUCAUCUACGGCAUUUACUAUUCAUUCUUCGAAGUCUUCCCUCUGGUUUACCCUGUUGAUUACCACAUGAACCUGGGACAAGUCGGUCUAGUAUUCCUUUGCAUCCUGGUAUCGUGCAUCAUAGGUGUCGGGACCUAUUUCUCCUACCUAUACUUCUGGAUGAACCCCCGCAUUGAGCGCUUCGGCUGGCCAGUCCAAGAAUCCCGCUUAAUACCGGCUCUCCCAGCCUCCUUCGGCCCCACAAUCGGUCUUUUCCUUUUUGCCUGGACGGCCCGAGCCUCUAUCCAUUGGAUUGUACCGACAAUCGGUAUUACCAUCUACGGAGCAACGGUAUUCGUUGUCAUGCAGUGUAUCUUUGUCUAUAUUCCUUUGUCUUACCCAAAGUACGCAGCUAGUCUAUUUGCGGCUAAUGAUUUCUUCCGAAGUGCACUGGCCUGUGGCAGUGUCAUGUUUGCGCAUCCGCUAUUCGGUAAUUUGGGUGUUGCCAGGGGUACGAGCCUCCUAGGUGGACUGAGUGUGAUUGGAAUCAUUGGAAUCUGGCUACUCUAUUUCUAUGGCUCGAGGCUUCGGGCUUUGAGUAAGUUUGCUGAGUCUGUGGAGGAAUGA